GAAACACUCAGCAGGAUUUGCAUGUAGAGCUGAAAGAGGAAACCCAAAGAUAUCAACUGAUUAUAGUGAACUAAAGUUUGUCUGGUCUGCAGUGUAAGAUGAGGCACAGCAGUGAGAGCCUGCCAAAACUCACACAUGGUAUGAAAAAAGCGAGAUAAAAAAAUAGAGGCGAAAGAGAAGGACAGAGAGACGACAAGAAAGCGCCUAGAAGUGUGUGAGAACACAGAUCUGAGAAACCACAGCGAUAACGUAUAACAACAGUGUCAAUGAAAAGCACACAGUACUGUUUGAAACGAGAUGUAUUCAGUGGUAAAUGCAGCCCAAGAUAGUUUAUCUGUGCACAACUGAAUUCAAAAAUAUAACGCAUCAUGCAUUCUUCAACAACUUAUACAUAAGCCUAAACAAAGUUAAGACAUUUAAUUCAGACAAAGUUUGGGGUUUUUUCCCCUUAGAGUAAAAUCAGUUCCACAAUGGAAAACUUUGCCAAUAGUUGUUGCCAUUAUUCCAGUGUGAAUGCUAACACCUGAACUGCUCACAAGGAUCUACUAGGAUGCUGUGGAUGUGUGUGUUUGGCUCAGGAUUUUGUGACCUUGUGGAUGCUACCUAGAGCAAUAAUACUCCCAGUCAGAGGGUGGCGCCACACACAACGAUUACAUAAAUCGAGAUUUGGUCACCAGCAGAAAACCUUUAACAGCACAAGUAUCAAGAAAUACAUUGACAGGAUCCUGCAGAUUUGUCAAUGUGGGAAACGUAUCUCAGAAUAUAGAAACUGUACUGAACUCAUUUAGUCACAAAAGGACAAUUUUAUGUACAGUGACACCAGAAAUAACUCUGAACUACAGGGUUGGGAAAAAAAAGGGGAAUAUUUGAGGUUAUUGAAAGUUGCCUAUCUGAAAUAAAAUAAUCUGAGCCAAAGUAUAUUUUACCUUCCUAAUUCACAUAAGCAGGAACAAUCACACAAAUGGGAGAGCUGGAUAACAUUUUGGUGACUAGAUGGGAUGAGGAAAAUAUAAGUGAUAUAAGUUGCCACUUAUAUCACUUAUAUUUUCAUCAUGUCCUCUGAUGAACUACUGCCUUAACUUUUUACCAAUUUGCAACAGCUGCUUCUGUUCCCCCGGCCAUACCUAACUACCAUUUACUGCAAAACAGUCACUUUCCUCUGGAUUAGGGCUUUAGCAAUACUACAAUGACAGCAAUGAAUAAAUAGGGACAGCAUACUAAUUAGAUGAUUCGGUAAAUGAUUUAUUUGUUUUUACAAAUCUUUGUUUUCCAGUUCCUCGUCCAGCAGUCUCUCUGACAGUGAGUCCUGACAGAGAGAAACAUUUCACUGAUCAAAACGUCUCAUUAAGAUGUGAUGCAGAAUCUACCGGUGGGAGAAUAAGAUAUUAUAGACAAAUAAACACUCGGUCAUAUCUGUAUGACUGCUCCACCUGGUGGACGACGGACAAAUCCUCAUGUAUGGCUAACAGUCAGUCGAAGUAUAAAGCUGUGUUCUGGUGUGAGUCUGGAUCAGAGUUCAGCAAUGCGGUCAACAUCACUAUAUACAAGCCAAAGUCAGUCCUGACUGUGUCUCCAUCAUGGCCGAGUCCUGGAGCCUCAGUGACGCUGACAUGUAACCAUGACGACCAGUCUGCAGGCUGGAGGUUCUACUGGUAUAAAGCUGCUCCUCAUAAGUCUGAGGACGGCUACAGAUACGAGCUGCUGCCUGACAGCAUCAGUGGGACUGUACAGGAUUCAUUCAUCAUACAUGAACAGAAUCACACAUCAGGAUAUUCAUGUAGAGCUGGAAGAAGAAACCCAGAGCUUUUUACUGAUUACAGUGAACCAAAGUUUGUCUGGUCUGCAGUCUCCCGUCCAGCAGCGUCUCUCUCAGUGAGUCCUGACAGAGAGCAACACUUCACCUCUGAGUCUGUGACUCUGAACUGUGGAGGAAACUCUGCUGAGUGGAGAGUGAGGAGGUUUUCAGAAUCAGGUUACCUGAUCGUCAUAGCAAACUGCUAUUACUGGGGGAAAAUGUCUGGAUCCUCCUGCAUCGUUAAAUAUCUGUCAAACCCUAAGUCAGUGUACUGGUGUGAGUCUGGAUCAGGAGAGUUCAGCAACGCAGCCAACAUCACCUCACACAAUGAAGAUCUUCUCCUGGUGAGCCCCGUCCAUCCUGUGACUGAAGGAGCUUCUGUUACUCUGGGCUGCAGACUGAGAGGAGAAAACCAACUUUCUAAUGUGUUUUUCUAUCAUAAUGACAAAUUGAUCCAAAGUGACAGCAGAGGAGAGCUGAAUAUCUCUGCAGUGUCUCAGUCAGAUGAAGGUUUCUACAAGUGUGAACAUUCAGGAAAAGUUUCACCUCAGAGCUGGAUGGCAGUUAAAGGUGUUUCCAAACCUGGGAGCUCUUCGUUUCCAGUGCUGCUGGUCCUCGGUGUAGUUUGUGGAUCCGUACUUGUCAUUCUGCUGCUCCUGCUGUGUUGCUUUAGGCUUUCCAAAGGUUCUUCUCACAGGGCGAUCCAGUCAGAGAUCGCUUAUCAGGGAUCUUCUAUAGAUCAGCCUCUCAAUCAGACCUCAACCAAUGAAUACAACUUGUCCUCUCAUGAUGUAGACGAAGCCGGUGACGUCACAUACGCUCACAUUAAGUUCAAAAAGGCCAAACAGGCGACCAAGUCCUCCAAAAGAGGCAGAGUCCGACACAGUGCGCUGGAUGUGAAAGGGAGGCCUCACGACCCAGAAGAAGGCGCUGUUUACUCCGAUGUGAGGACAGCAGCUGCAGAAGCACUGAGUGCUGCAGCAGCUGACGCAGCGCUUUAUUCUGAAGUCAGGAAAGGAUCUAAGAAGAGAGUAAGCUAGUUGGGUUAACCCUAAACUGCACAUUAUUUAAUAGAGCAUAUAUUUUUUAUAUAAAAUGUUGCGUAAACAUUACCUGAAAGAUCUUAUUUCACAAGUCUUGUCAGUGAACUCCAUAGAUAAAACCAAUGCUUUUUUUUUUUUUUGCUAAACCAUAUAUUAUAUUUUGUUUUCUAUCUAAACACCAGACAUUUUUUCUCUUAUUUAUGGAAUAUGUUGACUCAGUAAUGUUUUUAUCUAUUUUAUAUCCCUGUAAAUAAAAUAAACGCUGUUAUUUGUGUCAUUCCUAAUAUUUGG